AUGGCAGCUCUCGCCAGCUCUCUCAUUAGACAGAAACGGGCGGUCAAGGAGGACCCAGGCAACCGACCGGUAGCCAACAAGCGAAAGCCCUGUCCCAAGAGCAACAAGUCCCUGUGCCAGAAACAGAUCCUGGUCCUGAUCUCCAAAGUUCGACUAUGUGGGGGUCGAAAGAGUCGAACUGACAAAAGACCGGGUGAGUCACCGCUACGGGCUCCUACGACUUCCCGCAGAGGCUGCAGGUUGCAUCCGCAGCUGAAAGGCAUUGUUACCCGGCUAUACAGCCAACACGGAUACUACCUGCAGAUGCAGCCUGACGGCACCAUGGACAGCACGAGGGAUGAAAGCAGCUCAUUUUCACAGUUCAACUUGAUUCCAGUGGGACUGCGGAUCGUGGCUAUCCAGGGGGCAAAGACAGGGCUGUACCUCGCCAUGAAUAGUGAAGGAUACCUCUACACCUCGGAGCACUUCACUCCAGAGUGUAAGUUCAAGGAGAGCGUGUUUGAGAACUACUAUGUUACAUACUCCUCCAUGCUGUACCGCCAGACCCAGUCUGGCCGCUCCUGGUAUAUCGGUAUCAAUCGUGACGGCCAGGUCAUGAAAGGCAACCGGGUAAAGAAGAACAAAGGAGCUGCACACUUCCUGCCUAAAGUUAUAGAGGUUGCGAUGUAUAAGGAGCCGUCUCUACACGAGCUCGCCGCUGAACCGGUGAGCCCUCCUCGAAAGACGGUCAAGACGUCUGAUUCGCCUUCUCUAAAGAAUGGACGGAAAGAAGCCCCCAAGGCUGACGCCUCAUAG